AUGACCCUUGAUCUUUAUGAAAUUUUGGUAAUCUUCGUAUCCAUAAAUUCUCUAGUGCUUCGUGGUAUUUCAAUGCAACAUCAUUUUGUGCAACAAUUGCGUUGGAAUAAUAUCUCAAAUCUCGGAUGGAGUGCAAUUUUGGAUGGCAUAUUUGCGCAUCUAACACAUUUUUUAUGGCAUUGUUUUGGUUCUCAUCCAAAAUCAAGUUACGAUCCUCGCGGUGGUGGACCCUUGAGACUUUAUCUUAUUACCGGGCGAUUGUGUUGA